AAUAGCCCUUCGCCUCUCCUGUGGACUGACUACCUUUGGUCCUUCCCGCUGCUCUUGGAAUGAAGGAGGCAGCCAUUGGCAGAGGCUUCAAGCCCUGAAGCCUCACCCAGCUACCCACCAGGGAGUCGGGGGCGGAGACAGAGGUGGGGAGACACUGAGCUCGCAGCCUUGGUAUGAGGUUGUGAUCUUGUUUCUAAGUGAUCUUUGGACACAGGGGAGAGGAAGAAUUAAUAGUUAAUCCCCAGCAGGAACCUAACAAAGAGGAACUCUCAAAGUACCUACCCUUCUGCUGCAUCCUACUAAAAUAAAAGGGAGAUGACAUUAUUAUUUAUUGAGCUCCCCUCAUGGGCUGGGCCCUGGACCAUGUGCUUUUACCUGGAUUCCCUCUUUUUGUGCUUAUAGUAAUUUUGUGAGGAAGGGACUUUUGCCCCUGUUUUUCAGAGGAGGAAACUGUGGCUUAAAAUAUUUGGGUCACUAGCCUGAAAUUACACAGCCAGGAAAUGAUGGAGGGAGGAUUUAUAUCUAGUUCUUCCGCAUGUGACAAUGCCUGGCAUUCCUUAGGUGCCAAAUAUGUAUCUACUUUGCCUACCUGCUAACCCAAGCCAGUGUAGGGAAGAGCUGACAUUCAGGGACACGGCACCUAGCACUUCCUAGAGGGGCCACAGCUCCACAAUUGUCACAGGUGUCAACUCCAUCAGAAUAUUAAUCACCGGCAUACAAUGCUUUCAAGUUGACAAGCUCCUUUCACACACCUUAUCUCAUGGUCUAAGGGAGCUGAGUGUACUGAUAACUGAAGAGGUUUCUGACUCCACCCCGACCUUCAGCCUGCUGGAAGGUGAGCCAUGCUAGGUGAUAAGCCUCAAAGAGGCAAAGUCCCCCUUCCCACCACAUGCACAGUCACUACUCCUGCGGGAGGGAGCGCACACUUGCUCAGAGCUGGGCAUCUGGCGGGUGGUUGGGCUGUUGCGGGGUUGCAUCCAGUCCAUCCCUGCGACAGCCCACAGAGCCUGGAGCUGAGAAGCUCUGCCCUCCAGAUCAGAUACCCUGUCAUCUGGAGGCCCCCCUCCUGAGAGGACUUUCGUCUUUGGAGCUGUCGCUGAGCUGAGAGAUGGGAGCUCAGCGGGUUGUCAGGCAGUGAAGGGAAGGAAGGAACAUGGCAGAGGCCACCUGCUGCCCAGACAAGGCUGACAUCAUGGAGCCAAAGGCAGCGCGCUCUCGGAGGAGAGCUGGGUCGAGAAGAGAGCAGGAGGAAAGACCCUCCGGAGGAGGUGAGCCACCCUCUGGGAGUGAGAAAGCUCAGGGAAAUCCUGAGGCGCUUGGAGGCCCUGACUUGGUGCAAUGGACUCAACAUAUGGAGGCUGUGAAGGCGCAGCUGCUGGAGCAAGCACAGAGACAGCUGCUGGAGCUGCUGGAUCGCGCCAUGUCAGAGGCCGUACAAUCCUACCCACCACAAGGCAGACCUCUGCCCACUAUUCCUCCAGAUUCCCCGAACAAAACCCAGGAGCCAUCCCUGAAGAAACGGAAAGUUUUUAUCAACCGCAAGUCCCUGCUUGAUGAACUGAUGGAGGUGCAGCACUUCCGGACCAUCUACCACAUGUUCAUCGCCGGCCUGUGUGUCUUCAUUAUCAGCACCCUGGCCAUCGACUUCAUUGACGAGGGCAGGCUGAUGUUGGAGUUCGACUUAUUGAUCUUCAGCUUCGGACAGCUGCCCUUGGCUCUGAUGACAUGGGCCCCCAUGUUCCUGUCCACUCUGCUGGCGCCCUACCAGGCCCUCCGGCUGUGGGCCAGGCCCCAGGCUAGCGGCGCCUGGACGCUGGGGGCGGGCCUGGGCUGCGUGCUGCUGGCCGCUCACACCGCAGUGCUGGGCAUACUCCCGGUCCACGUGGCUGUGAAGCAUCAGCUCCCGCCAGCCUCCAGCUGCGUCCUGGUCUUUGAGCAGGUCAGACUCCUGAUGAAGAGCUACUCCUUCCUAAGAGAGGCUGUGCCUGGUAUCCUUCGUGCCAGAGGAGGUGAGGGGGUCCGGGCCCCCAGCUUCUCCAGCUACCUCUACUUCCUCUUCUGCCCCACACUUAUCUACAGGGAGACUUACCCCAGGACACCCAACAUCAGGUGGAAUUAUGUGGCCAAGAACUUUGCCCAGGCCCUGGGCUGCCUCCUCUAUGCCUGUUUCAUCAUGGGCCGCCUCUGUGUUCCUGUCUUUGCUAACAUGAGCCGGGAGCCCUUCAGCACCCGCGCCCUGGUGCUCUCCGUCAUGCACGCCACCUUGCCAGGCAUCUUCAUGCUGCUGCUCAUCUUCUUUGCCUUCCUCCACUGCUGGCUCAACGCCUUUGCAGAGAUGCUACGAUUUGGAGACAGGAUGUUCUACCGGGACUGGUGGAACUCCACGUCCUUCUCCAACUACUACCGCACUUGGAAUGUGGUGGUCCACGACUGGCUGUACAGCUAUGUGUAUCAAGAUGGGCUGUGGCUCCUUGGUGGCCAGGCCCGACGGGCAGCCAUGCUGGGCGUGUUCCUGGUCUCUUCAGUCGUCCAUGAGUAUAUCUUCUGCUUUGUCUUGGGCUUCUUCUACCCUGUCAUGAUGAUACUCUUCCUUGUCAUUGGAGGACCGAUGAACUUCAUGAUGCAUGACCGGCACACGGGCCCAGCAUGGAACGUGCUAAUGUGGACCAUGCUCUUUCUGGGCCAGGGCAUCCAGGUCAGCCUGUACUGCCAGGAGUGGUAUGCACGGCGGCACUGCCCCCUGGCCCAGACAACUUUCUGGGGGCUGGUGACACCUCGAUCCUGGUCCUGCCAUAUCUAGAGGCACCCUCACUGUCCUGAUGACACCAGCAAGUUCUUCUCUGCCUGCACAGCCUGGGACCAGGGCUCAUCUCUCUGCACUCCAAGACCUAGCUCCGAGGCAAGGGGGCCUUGCAGGCAUGACCCCACCAGGGAAUUCUGGAGACUCAGAUCUGUGGGCCUGUAAACAGCUGAACAUAGACCCAGGAUGGUGGUGGCUCUUGAGCCCCCAUCCCCAUAGACUGGGCACAGGGCCCCCCUCCCCCAUCCCAUGGCUGUCCAGAUUUGAGGAGACUCACAUAUUUGGUGAAUGUGGGGUGACGUACAGAGACCUGGGACCACCGAGGUCUGAGAAGGGUUUGAUUCUGGUUUUGUACUUCCAAUACAAUAAUAAACUCUACGUUUCUUUUUA